AUGGAUGACUCCAUUUUGUGUCCUGAUAAGUGCCAUGCGUGUACGUGGGAUGGUGAGUGUUGUCAUGGCCAGUGUCUGGGUAGCUGUACUGAACCGAACACGGAUACGUCGUGCGCUGCCUGUCUCCACUACUACCACGAGGGGCGCUGCGUUCCAGACUGUCCCCCCGAUACCUAUAAGUUUGAAGGCUGGCGCUGCGUCACCCUGGACUUCUGCUCCAGCGUCCACCUGCCCGACUUCGACCGCUUCGUCAUUCACAGAAGAGAGUGCAUGUCUGACUGUCCUUCUGGGUUCACACGCAACAAGAGCAAGAGUAUGUUCUGCAGUGCGUGUGACGGGCUAUGUGAUAAGAUCUGUGACGAGAAGGUCAUUGACUCCGUGGACGCGGCCCAGUCUCUGAAGGGAUGUACCGUCAUCAAGGGCAACCUACAAAUCAACAUCCGCAGAGGACGUGAGUACCUGUUAUA